AUGUUUUAUAGACUGCUUAAAUUCACCGUCGUUAUCUUUACAAUCGCAUUCUUGUCAGAGCUUGCGCACACCGCUUCUCCGCCGCCAAUUGAGGCAACUAGCGGUCCAUUCCUUUGUCAUGGAACGAAUGCAACCUGUUGUCCUCUACUAGCGCACAAAAUUGCCUCCGAACACAGUUCACGCUGUGCCUCGAUUAUACUCGAUAACAAGAGCGGUUAUAACGUGAGUUUAGUAGUUGCCAGUCUUGAAGAUGGUCGUUGGGUGACAUCAGACGAUUCUGGUGACGUCGAUAUUGACUGCAGCCCGCGGACGGGACGUCUCGCAAAUGGUGAACUCGAAGUCCUUUCGAGCGUCACAAGUCACUUUUUGGGUGGAAUACGCGGUUAUGCCACGUUUCGGUUGGAUGACGAUGCUUUCAACGUUUUUACCAUAUACUGGGACGCACCAUUAAUUGGUUCUAAUGGAUAUGGUAUUACUGGAUUGCCUACGACAAAGUAUCAUGUUGCUCUCCAACAUGACCUUGACAGAACGGUCUUUCAAGUUACAAUUAGGCCAGUUAUAACUUACCCAACUAAUUGGGGGUCGAUCUUUUCGGUAUUAUCUUUGAUUGGCAUAGUAUGCUUUAUCCUGCUAUGCUGUUCCGCUUGUUGCGUACAAGAUAAUAGUUUACACGAACAUAUCAAUUCGCAACCACAACUAUAUCACUCAGCAUCUUACUCCAACAAUUCUAGACCAGAACCAUCUCGUUUUUCUGACUAUUUUAAACCAUCCUCUUCCAAUUAUUCUACGAUUUCUUCCAACCGUUCUAAAUUACAACAAUCAUCCGACUAUGGUUCCGACAGUUUGAAAUCACAGCCAUCUUCUUCCAAUUAUCCUACGAUCUGUUCUCACUGUUCUAAAGCACAAUCACCUUCUAACAAUUCUGAACGACAAUCAUCUUCCUCUGCUUACUAUGAACCACAAUCAUCAUCUUCCAAUUACUAUAAACCACGAUCAUCAUCUUCCAAUUAUUAUAAACCACAAUUAUCCGCUUCUGACUAUUCUGAACAGCAAUCGUCUUCUCCCGCCUUGUCCAGUCGUCCACUUGUUGCUGGUACAGGACGACUUCCACUGCUUAGAUUUCCGUUUUGUUCAGGAAUCAUUAGAUUCAGGCAAUAUAAAGUUGCCCCAUGUUGA